AUCAACGUCAUACCAAUGUGGAAAUCCGUGAACAUUUUAAGAAAAGUUUGCAAGCUACAGUACAUUAGUAUAAGAAAUUAUCCUUAUCCAAUUCCAUUUCAUAAUUUCUUGCGGAACCUUCCGUCUACAGAAGUCACCCAACUGCCAAAUGGGCUGACCGUCGCAACUGAGGAACGAGAAUGCUACAAUGCAUGCAUAGGCCUCUAUUUCGAUGCAGGCUCUCGAUACGAGAGUCUUUUCGAAAAUGGAAUCGCCCAUUUUUUCGAGCACAUCGCAUUCAAAAGCACCCGAUGUAGAUCUAAAACCGUUCUAGAAGACUUGAUGAAUAAUACGGGAGCUAAGUUCAAAUGCUUCACGACACGCGAAAUGGUAGCGUAUUACGCCGAAUGUCUCUGCCAGGACAUACCCGUUGUCGUUGAUAUUUUAUCCGAUUGCAUCUUCAAUAACUGCUACUCGUAUGCAGACUUGGAAGUCCAAAAGAAAACUGUGUACUACGAAAUGCUGGAACACGACAAAGAUCCACACAAACUGUUGGACGACUAUUUACACAAAACUGCAUUCCAGGGCACGCAACUCGGGCAGUCUGUUAUGGGGCCGAGCACGAAUCUCUAUAACUUCAACGAGUGCACUGUUUGCAGAUAUUUGACUAGACAAUUUGAUCCAACUAGAAUUGUUUUUGCCGCCGUCGGUGGGCUCAGACAUGACCAAAUGGUUUGCUUGGCAAAUCAAUAUUUGUGCAAUUUCGAACCUACUAAAUGUAUUGACUCCAGCGAAUAUAGAUUCACCGGAUCGGAAGUACGUUUUAGAGAUGAUUCCAUUCCUGUAGCAAACGUAGCUAUUGCGGUAGAAGGUCCCUCUUUUUGCGAUCCAGACAAAUUAGUAAUGGAUGUUGCAACAGAGAUAUUUGGUGGAUGGGACAGAUCCCAGCCUGGCGGGAUAGACCACUCCACGUACGUGGCCAGAGUAGCGUCUACGACAGACUCGUGCGAUUCAUACAAAUGUCUAAACAUUAACUAUAAAGAUACAGGUCUCUGGGGGGUACAAUUCAUGGCGCCUUCACUAAAACUAGAGAAUAUGUUAUACAUUAUUCAAGACGAAUGGAUGAGACUAUGUACAAUGGCAUCUGAUGGAGAAGUGCAGAGAGGGAAGAGACUAUUGAAGUCUAAAACCCUUUCUGAAACGGAAAGUUGUAAGGGAGCAUGUCACGACAUAGGAAGAUGGGUACUGUACAAUGGAGUGAGACCAACGAUGCUGGAUAGAAUCUGUUCUAUAGACGAGGUGCUCUCAAAGGAUGUGAGGGAAACGUGCAUGAAGUAUCUUUACGACAAAUGUCCAGCGGUGGCAGCAGUGGGGCCGACGGAAGGUCUGCCAGAUUACACCAGGAUCAGGGCUGGCAUGUAUUGGAUGAGAUAUUAGGUUACUAAAUAAAAUAUUGGUUUUGUUUGUGCGA